UAGGUCUUAGGCUCGGACUUUCUUGUGUGCUCAUAUAAACGAAGAUAGUGUAGUGUGUCCCGUGGGAAUGGCGUAAUCUCCUCUACUUUCGAAAUGAUCUUGGUAGUGCGCAGAUGAACGCCAGAAUCAGACCAUGCUCCAUGUGAGAGCUGGACGAGACUUUAUGGAUCUGUUUGAUCGGUGCAGAGUCCUGGUUUUCUACACAGCUGCUGUCUUUGCCCUGAUACACCCAUGCAGAGGUCAGUCAGAGGUUAUUGGUCCUCUUCAUCCAGUAGUGGCUUGGAUUGGUGAUGACAUCAUUUUGCCAUGUAACCUGGACCCUGUUAUGGAUGCUUUGGACAUGGCUGUGGAGUGGGCGAGACCUGACCUAAACCCCAGAUUUGUCUUCGUGUGGCGUGACGGUGUGGAACUGGAGUCUAUAAAACAUCCGUCCUACACCAACAGAACGUCUCUGUUCACAGACGAACUGAAGAAUGGAAACAUGUCACUGAAAAUCUCCAAAGUAAAACUGUCUGAUGAGGGAACGUACAGAUGUUUUUUUCCAGAGUUAAAUAAAGACACUACAGUUCAGCUUGUUGUUGGUGCCGUCUCCUCACCUGUUAUCAGCUUUGCAGGCCUCAAUAAAACCAUCAGUGGAGUGGUGUUACAGUGUGAGUCUGCAGGCUGGUAUCCAGAGCCUGAGCUGCUGUGGUUGGACGGUGAGGGAAACCUCCUCUCUGCUGGACCUACAGAGACCCUCAGAGGUCCUGAUGACCUCUAUACUGUCAGCAGCAGAGUGACUGUGGAGAAGAGACACAGCAACAACAUCACCUGCAGAGUCCAGCAGAAGAAAAUCAGCCAGAGCAGAGAGACACACAGACAUGUUCCAGAUGAUUUCUUCUUGGUCAGUCCUUCUGGUCCACCCAGUCGUCCAAUCAGUAAUCCAAAUGUCACUGUUGCCUCGGCUGUCAGUGUUGCUGUUGUUCUUCUUCUAAUUGGUGCAGUUUUCUUUGUAUGGAAGUGGAGAAGAGGAAAAUUCAAAAAAAAGAAGAGUGAGGAGGAUGGAGCUGAACAGGCCAGGAAGAAAAACACGAUCAGCUCUAAAAACAGUGGGAUGCAGGUGGUGGAAGAACAAAGCAAACCACUCAUGACAGGAAGAGAAGAAGAUGAUGAUGUGGACAGCAGAGAAGACCAAAGACAUGAAGAUGACAGAGAAACCAAACAAGAUGAGUUUGUUUUAGAAACAGAACAAAUAAAGAACAUAAACAGUCCACAAGAAAAGAGAAUAAAUCAAUCUACUGUUAAUGACAAAGAGUCUUUGAUUACAAUAGAAAAAGAAACAAAAGAAGAACAGGAAGUGACAGGAAGAGAAGAAGAAGAUGAUGUGGACAACAGAGAAGAGAAAAACUUUAAAUCGGAAAGAGAAACGCAACACGAUAUUCAUGAGACAGAAAGGGAGCAAGGAAGGGACACUGAGAGUCCACAAGAAAGGAGAAUAAAUGCAUCUACUGUUAAUGACAAAGAGUCUUUGAUUAAGAUGGAACACCAAACACAGGAUAUGACAGGAAGCGAAGAAAAGGGUGAUGUGAACAACAGUGGAAAGAAAAAGAGACAAAAGAAAAUGGUCAUGAAAAAAACCAAAAAGAAACAGAGCAAAGAAGUGGACACUGACAGUUCAGAAACAAAAACAUCUGCUGUGACUAAAACUGAGCCUCAGUUUAAAAUGAAACAAGAAACACAUGAAGAACAGAGCAGGAGAGGAAGACAUGAAACACAUAAUGUGGACAUCAGAGAGCAGAGAAGUAAAGAUGGAGAAACACAACAAAAUCAGCCUGUGACAGAAACAGUUCAAACAAGGGACACUGACAGGCCACAAGAAAAGAGAAUAAAUCCAUUAACUGUUAGUGACAAAGAGUCUUUGAUUACAGUAGAAACACAAGACAUGACAGGAAGAGAAGAAAAGGAAAAAGAGACACAACAAAAUGAUCAUGAUAAAAAACAAAAACAGGAAGAAACAGAGCAAAGGAGAAACACUGACAGUCCAGGAACAAAAACAUCUGCUGUGACUGUGAAUGAGCCUCAGUUUGAAGAGCAGAGCAGGAGAGGAAGACAUGAAACACAUAAUGUGGACACCAGAGAGCAGAUAAAUAAAGAUGACAUAAAAACACAGAGGACAGGGAGGGACAGGAUAAAUCAGUUUAUUAUGACUGAAAAAGUGUUUCAGUCUACAACAGAUCAAGAAACAGAUGAAGAAAAGGAGAUGCCAGGAAGGGGAAUGAAAGCUGAGGUGGCUGAAAGUGAAAGAGAGAAAAAGAUGCAAGCAGGAGAAACUGAUUUAGGAUGUCAGUUUUCACCAUUUACAGAAGAACAUAAAGAGGAGCCCAGUAGACAGAGUAGACAUCGUCCAAAUGCACUGAAACUGAAUGAGGUCUGCACACUGCCAGUCAAGAAACAGAAAGUUGAGGAAGAAAGAAGAGCAAGCAAGCAUCAGAAUUUUAAAAAGCCAAAAAAGUAUGUGAAAAAACAAAAUGAUGAUCAUAUGAAUGUUCAUGAUGCAGCUCACAGUCAAUAUGCUGCAACAUCACAAUCGUAUGAACCCAUGCAAUGGACCAAAGAUCAUCAGAAGCUGCCAGUUCAAACAGAACCACAAGAAUGUCUGAAAGAAAACGAUGAAGAUCUGAUGGAGGCUGAAGAAUAUUCAGAAGAACAUAAAGAGGAGCCCAUGCCAUUAGGAGAAGAAAAGUCCUUUAAUUUUUCUUUUCAUCUGAGCAGUGAUCAGGAACCAUGGAGAGAAAAAGAGACACAACAAGAACAGCUUGUAGAAAAAAGACAGAUGGAGAGAAAUGUGGACAUGAAAGAGUCAGACACCGAGAAAAAGAGAGCAGAGGAAAACAGUGGUGAAGUAAACAAUUCUGUGUUUGUGGCACAGAAGGAGACACAGAGAGAAAAACUGGAGGCAGAACAACAGAGAGAGGAAAACCAGCAGGAUCAGAUGGAGGUGGAUUAACAUUAACGACUUCAGAUUUCAGCAGUUAUAGAAAAACAGAACGAUCAGCUCAGGAGAAGCAAAUUCCUUUUUCUUUUUAUGUUUGUACUCUGAUCAGGAGCCACAGAGAGGAAGAAGAGACAUGAGGAAAAUAGGUCAUUGAAGAAAGGCAUGCAGUGUUGAAAUGAAAAAGGUGAUUAUCAAGUGGAGGAUGACGGAAAAGCUCAAAUUAAAUAUGAUAAGUUGUAUCUUGGGCAGCACUGUGUUUAUCACUGUUGCCGCACAGCAAGAAGGUCCUGAGUUCAAUUCCACCAUCAGGCCGGGGCCUUUCUGUGUGGAGUUUGCAUGUUCUGCUCGUGUUUCCAUGGGUUCCCUCCGGGUACUCCGGCUUCUUCCCACCGUCCAAAGACAUGCAGCUGGGAUAGUCCCCGCGACCCUGAAAAAUAUAAUGGAUGGAAGUUAUAUCUCACAGAACGAGGAUGGAGCUUCUGCCAUCAAAAAUAUGUCAAAAAAGAAAAAUGAGUGCAACUGGAACUUUCAGCACUAGCUGACUUUAAAUAACUUUUAUUUUUUGUAAACAUAUAUUCAUUUCUGCUCAUAGUGACUGUAAUGUGGUGUUAUUUACAGCUUGUUACCAGUGACAGUCUGAGUGCCAUGAUGCAUCAUUCAGUGUAAUAAAACCACUUUUCACCUUAAAAGGUUAAUGUGGUGAAGAGUCCUGUUUUUAAUUUAAAUCACAGCCUCCUGAACAAAUCCAAGAUUUUAAAACAAUUUUCACCAGAGUUAACAUUUGCUUCUAGGGUUCAAUCUGAAAUUAUGGUUGAAGGAGGGUUAGGAUAAAGGUUUUGUACUUAGGUGAUGGUAAACUUAUAUUCAUGAGACUUAAAAAUGCAUUAAUGUUACAGAAUCUCCUCACAGAGUGGAAGAUGUCGCAGUGACUCAACGGGGAACACUGGUAAUAGAAAACCUCAUCCUAACAAUGUCAGAGUUGUUAAUGUGCCCAAAAUAAAUAAAUAAAGUCUCUGAAUAUUUGUCAAAAAUACACAAAGAACAGACAAACAGACUUUUUUUAAAGUACUGUUAUUAGU